GGCAAACCCGUACCCUCGAGGAUUGCAUGUGUACGGAUUCGACAACCCGAUCACCCCGAGGGACCUGGCCAGGAUCAGAGCGGAGGGUCGAACGCUGGGGGACUUGUUAAGCUCAGCGAGGGACCCGACCGCACCGAUGUCAGCUGCAGGUGCCGACGUAGUGUACAUGUACUCGGACCCGUCGUGCUUGUUCUUCGCGGAGGAGGGUAACAACCGCCACCUGGGCAAUCGAACGGAGGCCGUGGUCAUGGGCUCGAAGGCGCUCGUGCGGCGAGGCCUGGAGUGGACGACGGCGGAGCGCGUCUCCGUGGACAACAAGCUGUGCUGGGUGCUGGAGAAGUUGGGAGGCGAGAGCCUCGAUUCAAGAUUGCUGUUUCGGAUGCUGGGCCCGAACGCUCAGACGAGUACGGCUCCUUUGAGUGAGGUCGUCACGUUGCUGAAGCAGUCGAUGCGGGCCGCGGGCACCCCGAGCGAGCGGGGCCAGUCAUUCCUGGAGUUAGCCGAGAUUGUGGCGUCGUCUGGGCAGGAGUUUGGCACGUAUGCAGUCUUCUGGGAGUGCGCUUAUCGUCAGGACGGCGUCCAGGCGAUUCCUGUGAUGCACCGUCACUUGCUGAUGUUCCUGCACAUGAUAGUGAGUUAUGGUAAGUUGAAGUUGUGUAACUUGGCGGCAGCGGAGUUUGCGGCACGCCGUGUGCUGAUGAUCCAUAGGGCAGUGCGGCUUGAUCCUGGGAGCCCUCGUCUUGAGAACCUCAGUUCGUGUGUGCUCCACGCAUUGGGCACUGAUGGUGGUGUGGUCGCCGCACAGUUCGAUAUGGAGAUGGCCGGGAUGCGCAGGACUCAGGCACAUAUCAUGGUGAGCGAUCGUUUGUUGAGGGAGGAGCUGAGAGACUCGAAGCGCCAGAAGACUAACAACAAGGACAAGAACAAGAGCGGCGAUGCGGGCGCCGGUCUCGCCUCGGACAUCGACGAUGGCGCUCGCGCGCUGGAGCCGGCGAGCCGGGACGUCUUUCCCCUUCCGUGCGUUGGAGAUAGGCGAGAUGCGCCCUCGAUGGGCAUCUUGCCGCGUCACGUGGCCGCCUGUGAUCGGAGGAGGGAUGCUCUCAAGAGUGUCCUUGGAGCUCUGAGCGUCUACGAUUUCACCGCGGACGACGCUACCCGAGGUCUUUUUGACGCGGCUCGAGUUCGCGCGGUUCGUGACGGAGGCGUUCACCCCAAGCCAGUCCGCGCAAUGGUAGGGCCCGACGCCCAGCCGAUGGCGGCUGACCCUUGGAAUUGGAUAUUCAGAACUCCAACUGGUGAGGACAGGGUCGCCGAGGAGGCGACGACCAAGCCCUACCUCGACCCUGUGCUGCGCGACCCUCGUCACAUGGGCGCUCUAGUGCAUGCUGUCUUUCGCCGACGGGCCCGUUGCUUCGCGGGCGCCUUCGCGGUGAUCAAGAAGGACGGGCACCACCUGAGGCUGGUCUUGGACUGCAGGCCGGCGAACGCCCUGCACCGCACCCCUCCAGUCAGUCAGCUAGCCACGGCGUCGGCGCCGGCGGGCCUCGCGUUGCGGGACGGAGAAACCUUGGCCGCUGAGCACGACGCGGCGGGCCGACCCUUGGACAUGCACUUCUCGGGCGCGGACCUCACCGACGGCUACUUCCAGUUUGAGUUCGAGGAGGUCGCGGGGUACUUCUGCCUGGCCCACAGGGUGAAGGCGAGCGACUUCGGCGUCAAGACGGUCUUUGAUGAUGAUCGUCGCUGCUGGGACUCGGUGGGCGCUGACGAGAUGCUGUGGACGUGUGUCAAGGUGAUCCCGAUGGGCUGGACGUGGUCUCUGUUCUUCUGCCACUCUGCGCUGACGGACGUUCAGGUUUGCGCGGAGAUGAGGAGAUUUGGUCACGGGGAUAGAGACACGGUUGACGCGCGGGUCUUGCGCGAUCGUCAGCCGCCUCCGAUCCUCCAGCCGGGCCUUCCCAUUCUCGCGCCCUACGUGGACAACGCUUUCCUGAUAUGCUGGGGCCAAGAGGACGCCGAGGAUUGCUUCAGGUACCUGUUGGAGGAGCUGAAGCGCCGCGGGUUCGCGUGGCGCGACGAGAUCCGCGCGGAGCGCGACGUCGUACAGGUAGACUUCGGCUGCGGGGGGGUCCGACGUCUGGUGGGGCACCUGGUGAAUCACUUCAUGCUGUUCCCGCCGUUCAUGUCAGUUUUGCACGAAGUUUGGCGCUGGCUCACCGAUAACGCGGAUCAGGUGAGCGUCCUGACGCCGACGGUGAUUGGCGGGCUGCAGACGGCGGCGGGACUGGUGCUCGUCACAAAGCAUCAGAUGCGUUUGAGGACGGCGACCACGGUGUUCUGCUCGGACUCCAGCGGUAAAGGCUACGCGCUCCACGUUGGCCACUUUUCUGAGCGCGAAGUCCUGGACGCGACGAUGUGGAGAGAGCGGUGGCGGUUCAAGACCAUCGAGGAGUACACGCAGGACUGCGACGACGACGCGGCUACGGGCCCCAGCUCCAUCGCGGCGGGCCCCACGUCGCUCGCGCCCGCCUUCGAGGAGGAGCUGGGCUUCACCGAGGUCGGGGCCACGGAUCUGACAUCGACCUCGCGGAGGGCGGGAUCGUCUCGGGUGGCCUCGCGGCGCGCGACCGUCACCUUGGACGCUCACGCGGUGCCCGAGCUCGCUGCCGUUUACUCUGACCGUCUUCGUUGGCGUCGGGUCGUGGUGGGGGCCUGGUGCCGCGCCGGCGCCAUUCACAAUGAGGAGGCUCGCGCCGCCUUGCUUGGGCUACGUCGCUAUACGAGGUCCUCGUGGAACUGGGACGCUGAGGUUCUGUCGGUCGGGGACAACCUGUCGGAGAUCCUGGCGACCGAGAGAGGGCGCGCCAAUGAUCGCGAGCUCAAC